AUGAGCUUUCAUCCGCCUUCCCAGGGAAAACCACACCCAAUGGCGGACUAUCAAUCUAUAAGGAUCUCGGAGUUGGAGCAGCUCUUCGAAAAGAAGUUCCACUACCAGAAGCCGCGGGGCAAAGAGUCCUGGCAGCUGCCUCCACAGGAUCAGCCACUCUUCAGUGAGUUCUACCAAUUCGAGGCGCUGCAGACACUCCGGGAGCAACUGAAUGCGGUCAAGAGCAAGCUGAAUGACUAUGGAGUACAGGAAUGGAGUGCCCAUACCAACCGGCGGGAUCCUUCGGGCGAAGUCUCCUGGCGCCUAAAGAACGACACCAAAGCGGAGUUUGUAACUGUGGCCUGGUGCAAGUUCUUCGAGUGCCUGCAUCGUUAUCCAUUGGUUAAGAAACCAGUGGUCAACACCGUACAUCUUUGCGAGGCUCCUGGCGCCUUCAUUGCAUCUUUAAACCACUAUUUGCACAGCACAUACCCAAAAGAGGAGAUUAAAUGGCUCUGGCGCUCGACCACCUUGAAUCCUUACUACGAAGGCAAUGCCUUAAACCAAAUGAUCUCCGAUGACAGGUUCAUCUUCCACACGCUGGACAACUGGCUCUUCCACAAAGAUCUCACCGGCAAUCUACUGGAUGUGGCCAAUAUUAAACACCUGGCGGAGCGUUGUGCUGAAGAUUUGCAGGGCCAAGUGGAUCUGGUCACUGCCGAUGGCUCCAUCGAUUGUGCAGCUCAACCCGAUUGCCAGGAGGAAAUAGUAGUUCGUCUGUUCUUCGCCGAAGUACUCAGCGCCUUGAAAGUUCUCUCAAGCGGCGGCAGCUUCCUCGUGAAGAUGUUCACCCUCUUCGAGGCCUGCAGUGUUUCACUGCUCUUCACGCUCAACUGCAUCUUCGAGCAGGUGCACAUCUUUAAGCCGGCCACAUCGAAGAGGGGAAACUCGGAGGUUUAUGUAAUCUGUCUGAAUUACCAGAAGGACACGCCCGGCCUUCCGCGUUUGCUGGAGGAGAUCAAAGCCAAGCUAGCCCAGCCGAAUGACACCAUGGUGAUGCCUCUGUUUGCCCGGUCCCAGAUUCCCCAGGACUUUCUCAUGCAGCACGAGAUCGUCUGUCGUCUGUACAUGAAGCUCCAAACGGAUGCCAUCGAGGGAAGCAUCUAUGCUUAUGAGUCCAACGAUCGGCAUUAUCUGCGGCACCUUCACCACUUGCGAGGACUCGUUUCCAACACGUAUUAUAGUCGCUAUAAAGUGAAACCCCUGGAGGACAGUCUGUGCAUCGUGGACAAGGAGGCAACUAGCAAGGCGCUCGGCUUCUCGGUCCCCGUCUACGGGGGAUCAUACACAGAAAGGGAGAACUUGAAACACGGUGACCUCCUCAAGCAGAUUUACUGCUUGCGUCGCGAAUUUAACCAACUGGAGAAGUGCCCCAGUGGCAAAACUACAUACUCAUAUGUGAGGGAUAGAGUGACUCCCUUGAAUAUUCACGUUUUAAGAGGAUCUCCUGUCCAGAGCCUGCAGAGCAGUCUGUUUGCCUCUGAGCCCGUACUCCUCCUGCGCCUUCGCAUCCUGGACACAUUUGAUCUCGAUCCGGUUUGGCAAUCCGCUCCCAAGUGCCAGUUGGAAAGCAAGACUUUAAAUUAUUUGCCACCCACUGAAAAUCAAAGCUUCCACUCCGCUCAGCGAUGCUUUUUCAUAGAUCUCCUCGAGGCAGUUCGAGAACUGCAGCCCCAGAGCAUUGUCUUCCACAAGUUCCUGUUCCUCACCCACUAUGCCGCCUCACUGCUGCUCUUUCUCAUGGAAACCAUUUACCAGGACUGCAGUUUCGAUAGCCAUCAAUCGCAAACCCUUACGUUGAGUAAACUUAAAGCCACGGAUACAAAAGACUUGGAAGAAGUGCUAAAUCUCCUUAAGGAUGAGCAGGCGGGUGCCAUUCACAGCCUGCUGGAGAUUAAGGAGCUGCAGAAGAACCAAUUCAGCAACGCCCUCAUCCAGCACAACAACAAUGUGCUGCUGACCUGUUUCCGCGGCAUGCUGGGCGAGGAAUCCUUUCCCAUGCCCCUGAAACCAGCUUCCAACUCGGAGGAGGUCUCUGCGAUCCAAGAGCCAGCUGCUGUGUUUUAA